CACUCCCCCUUCCUCCCCAAAUCCCAAAACCCCCUUCCCACUUCUAAACCACGCCGAAUCCAAACCCUCCGGCCUAGCCUCCGCCGCCGGUCGAACCCGCGUCCCGGCGAUCAAACCCAGCGCCCCCCUCCUCCUCACGCGCGCCGCCACGCGCCGUCCCUUUUUCCCCAGCUCAACAACCCCCGCGCAGCCCGACGUCUCUCCACCGCAGCGGAGAUGAGCGGCACCGACAAGGUUGUUUUGUUUGGGUCCUUCACGGAGGACGAGACCAAGUUGUUCCAGGGGCAGCCUGGUAUAAGUAAUACUGAAAGCGUGGAGAAAGCACGUGAAUUACCUGUGAUCCAGUUUGGGUCGCUGAAGUUUUCUGUCCUCAGCUUAGAGGAAGUAUUGAAUCCUGUUACUGAAGGCGCUGUUCAUCCUCCAAAAUCAACCUAUGGCCAGAACAAAGUUGCAAAGGGUGAACAUGGUGGGCCUGUGCUGUUCAAUGGAUCUCCCCCUGCCAAUGUUUCUUCUAAUAAUGCUGUUCUCAAGAAAGUAAAGAAGGCCGAAGCUAGUGUUGCUUCAGCUGGGCCUGUCAACAAUGUAAAGAAGACUGAAGCUACGGCUAUUUCAGCCGAGCCUGUCAACAAUGUAACACAGACUGGAGCUACGGUUCCUUCAGCUGGGCCUGUCAACAGUAAGAAGACUGGAGCUAUGGUUGGUUCAACUGGGCCUGUCAACAAUGUAAAGAAGACUGGAGUUACAAUUCCUGUCAACAAUGUAGAGAAAACUGAAGCUAUGGUCCCUUUAGCUGGGCCUGUCAAUAAUGCUAAGAAGACUGAAGCCGUGGUUUCCCCAGGAGUGCCUGUCAAUAAUGCGAAGAAGGCUGAAGCUAGUAUUGCUUCAGCUGGGCCUGUCAACAAUGUAAAGAAGACUGAAGCUACGGCUACUUCUGCUGAGCCUGUCAACAAUGUAACACAGACUGGAGCUACGGUUCCUUCAGUUGGGCCUGUCAACAAUAUGAAGAAGACUGGAACUACGGUUCCUUCAGCUGGGCCUGUCAACAAUGUAAAGAAAACUGGAGCUAUGGUUCCUUCAGCUGGGCCUGUCAACAAUGCAAAGAAGACUGAAGCUACGGUUCCUAAAGCUGGGCCUGUCAAUAAGGCUAAGAAGACUGAAACUGUGGUUUCCUCUGGUGUGCCUGUCAAUAAUGUUAGCAGUUCGACACCACUUGAAAGGCCAGAGGUGACCCUUGAUGGAAUAAAAGACACACAAAGCAGCAGUUCAGCUAUGGUAGUAACUGAGAAUGGAAGCACUAGUGUUGAUGCACCUAUUAUUGCAGCUUCAGCAGACGAGUCCGUCACAAGCUUAAAUAAGGAAACCUUUCAGAACAAACCAUUGCUUCCUCAUGGUUUGAAGAAUACAGGAAAUAUAUGCUUUCUGAAUGCGACCUUGCAGGCUUUUCUUUCAUGCUCGCCUUUUGUUCAGCUUUUACAGGACCUGAGGACUCGGAAUAUACCCAAGGCUGGCUACCCUACUUUAUAUGCGUUUGUUGAGCUGAUAUCUCAAUUGGAUGUACUUGAUGGGUCCGCUAUGAAUAAAAAUGAGAAGGUUAUUAUGGUAUCUGGAAAAGCAGUUAAUCCUGCCAUGUUUGAUCAAGUUCUGAGAAAUUUUACUCCAGAUGUGCCGGCAGGAACAUUUGCUCGACCAAGGCAAGAAGAUGCGCAAGAGUUUUUAAGUUUUGCCAUGGAUAGAAUGCAUGAUGAACUGUUGAAGCUUAACGGCAAUGGUUUAAAUUCAAAGGAAGGUAUGGUUGUUUCUUCUUCUGAUGAUGAUGCCUGGGAGACCGUGGGAAGGAAGAACAAAUCUGCAAUUAUGAGAACACAGAGUUUUGUUCCCUCCGAACUAAGUGCUAUUUUUGGAGGCCAGCUACAAAGCACGGUUAAAGCUGCAGGUAAAAAACCGUCUGCCACAGUUCAGCCAUUCCUGCUGCUCCAUCUUGAUAUAUGCCCAGAUGCUGUUCAGACACUUGACGAUGCGCUUCAUAUGUUUUCCUCUCCCGAGUCUUUGGAAGGAUACAGAACAGCUGCUGGAAAGGCUGGAGUGGUGACAGCUAGAAAAUUAGUCAAGAUCCACACACUUUCAAAGAUAAUGAUACUACACCUGAAGAGGUUCAGUUAUGGAAAUUUUGGGUGCAAUAAACUCUACAAGCCACUCCACUUCCCUCUUGAGCUUGUUCUCAAUCGUGAUCUGCUAAGCUCGCCAUCAUCAGAGGGUAGAAGAUAUGAGCUCGUUGCAACCAUCACUCACCAUGGGACCGGACCGUCCAGGGGGCACUACACUGCUGAUGCGAAGCAUGCUGAUGGGCAGUGGCUUCGAUUCGAUGACAACAAUGUCUCACCUGUCAAUGUGAACCAGGUCUUGCAUGACCAAGCAUAUGUCCUGUUCUACAAGCAAAUAUAAGUCUGGGAUAUAUUACCACGCAGUUGAUCAGCCCCGUCCUCUUAUUGCUCGAACAGUGAGUCAUACUGUCUAACUAUCGUACUGUUAAUGUAGCUGCCUGUGUAACCCGGAGAAUCAGAAUGGUGUGUUGAAGUACCCUGGUUGCCUGACUCUAUUUUCAUAUGCUUGAUCACAUAUAGUGAGGGAGACUUUUUCCCGUCCAGCCCAUUUUUGAGGUCCUGUAAAAUGCAACUGCUCAUCCUGGUAUGAUCAGCAUAGUAAACCAUGAGAUGCUAUUUGCCUUUUUGUGUGUUGUGUUAUGGUGA